CCUGGUGUUAAGGUUACUGUGACCAUCCUUGUCCGGUAACUUCCGUCUGUGCCUAUCGCAUCGAUUGUAGGUAGUUUCUCCCAUUUGGGGAAAUCACUGCACCCGACUAGAAUUUUAUUUUUAAUUUUGUACUGCACAUUAAUAAAUAUUUGGAGGGAUUCAGACUACAUUGUGCACCUUUUAAUUUUUUACGAAAAGCUUCAUAGACAGCAACUCAAUGUCUCGUGCAGCAAAGUUAACCCUCCUCGGCACUUCCCUCUUCGCAGCCAGCACAAUAGUCUUCGUACAUUAUGCGCAAAACGCCGAGAAAGCUGUAUGUCACCCCUCCCAAUUUCUCCUUUCUCCCUUUUCAAUUUAAACUGUACAUAUACUAAGUGAUACAGGCAAUGCAUGCAGGCGUGAUCCGGGACAUGGAACAACAGCGCAUAAAAAAAGAACGCCAGCUAGACUUUGACAUGCAGCGGGCGAUGGAAGAAGAAUAUAGAAAGGUGCAGAAAGUCAGUGAUGGGACUCCGAGGUGAUAUGCUGCUGCGGUCUCGAAUGAGUAUAUAUUUUAUACCUAGGAAUUACAAAUACUGGGACAAUUAGCGGGGGCGAUUGUAUAUUAUGAAAGUGGUAUAGGACAAGCUAAAUGCCUUCCUGAUGGCGAUGUAUGAGUAUAGAAAAGAAGGCCUUUAGACGUUAGGGAUACGUGCAGUGACUGUAGCACGCCGAGCAUGGGAAUUUGUCAUCUCAGGGUCAUAUGUACUGUACUAAUAA